CCGUUGCUGCUCGUAGCGGCGGUAGAAAAAUGAAAAAUGUCCAUCGUUGGAUUCGCUGAACUAUCGGUGCCUUUCUUUAAUAAACUGUCAUUUUCAUUAACAAAACAACACAAUAAACAAUGCUGGAACCAGCGGCGCUGACCCAAACCAAAGCUAGCGGGCGGUAGUCGGCGUGCGGCCGGCCGUUAGAGGGCUCUGAGUCCGGCUGAAGCAGAUGGGCUCCUCGGUGGGUGAAAGGCGGAAGACUGCGCAUCAACAGCUCGAACCGGAGAUGCUACACGGCUACAGCCGCUAGCCAGCUAACUGUUUGUUCCAGGAUGCAGGACAACGGGGACCGACUGAGCAGGAUCUGAGGAGAACCGAAGAAACAUUUUGACUGACGGCAUCAUACUUUAUGGAGCUACAACAGGACGGCUUGAACUGAGACAGCUUCAAUAUUCAGCUAAACGCAGCGCUCAUUGAAACUCAGGAUGGCGAGCAGGAGGAAAUCCACCACCCCCUGCAUGGUUCCUCGAGAACCCCUCGACUCAGAUCAGGAGAUGGAGGACAUGACAGGUGCAGCGGAACCAGAGGACAGCAACGGUGUGGCCACGGCCUCCUCCGAGACUUUGGAGGAGCGAGGCGAGGAGGCCGACGACAGACGUGACGUGGCCUCAGAAGCCUACCUGGACCUGAACACGGCCGAGGGAGGAUACGAGUGCAAGUACUGCAGCUUCCAGACGUCAGAGCUCAACCAGUUUACCAUGCACGUGGACACGGAGCAUCCCGAUGUCGUCCUAAACACCUCCUACGUCUGCAUGGAGUGUGACUACCACACCAAGAGUUAUGACACGCUGCUGGCCCAUAAUGCUCGGCUGCACCCAGGCGAGGACAACUUCACAAGAACGAUGGUGAAACGAAACAACGAGACCAUCUUCCAGCAGACGGUCAACGACCUCACCUUUGAUGGCAGCUUCGUCAAAGUGGAGGACGACGAGGCUGAGGACAUGUCCCGCAAAGGCAUCGCCCUCAGCAAGACACCCAUCAUGAGGAUCAAGAGCCGGUCAGAGCCCAAGAAGUUCGCCACGCACAAGAUGGCCGUCGACGACGUCAUCAAAGUGGAAAGCGACGACGAGGACGAGGAGAACAAGGAGCCGCCCACGCUGUCGCCCGCCCCGAUGACCCCAGCAGCUGUCGCCCCUCGCCUCAUCCCCGUGUCCGCGCCGGUGCAGGUCCAGGCCGUCCCCCAGAGCAUCGUGGUCAACAGCCCCAACGUGCUGCAGAUCAAAGGCGGCUCCGGCGGCGGCGCCGUGCUGCCUCCAGGGACGCUGGCCCAGGUUCUGUCCGCGCUGCAGAACCAGCAGAACAACAGUCAGACGCAGACGCAGCUCCUCAUCCCCAUCAGCAGCAUCCCCACCUACAACACCGCCAUGGACAACAACGUCCUGCUGGUCAGCGCCUACAACAGGUUUCCGUAUCCCUCCGUGUCAGAGAUCAUGGGCUUGUCAUCGCAGACCAAGUUCAGCGAGGAGCAGAUCAAAGUCUGGUUUUCUGCUCAGAGGCUCAAACACGGAGUCAGCUGGACACCGGAGGAGGUGGAGGAGGCGAGGAGGAAGAAGUUUAACGGCACUGUGCAGACCGUCCCUCAGACCAUCACCGUCAUCCCCGCCAACAUCGCUGCAGCCACCAACGGCCUGCAGUCCAUCUUCCAGACCUGCCAGAUCGUCGGACAGCCAGGUCUCGUCCUCACUCAGGUGGCCGGGAACGGCGGCACGGUGCCGGUCGCCUCUCCUAUCACCCUGACAGUCGCAGGCGUCCCCGGAAACCAGCCCAAAGCCGCCGAACCCUCAACAUCCGAAUCAAAGACUGAGAUGUCGGCUGCGUCAGCCAGCACGUCGCUUGGUUUGGACUCGGCAACGACCAAACCGAAAAAGUCCAAAGAGCAGCUGGCGGAGCUGAAGGCGAGCUAUGGCCGGAGGCAGUUCGCCACCGAGGCGGAGAUAUCGCGGCUCAUGCAGGUCACCAAACUCUCCAAACGAGCAAUAAAGAAGUGGUUCAGCGACACGCGCUACAACCAGAGGAACUCCAAGGAUCACCACAGCCUGCUGCUGAGCGAAGCCUCAUCCGGCAGAGCGGUGGCAACCGGAGGAGGUCGAGGGGGGAGGAACAGCAGCAGCGGCAGCCUUAACGACAGCAACAACAGCGACAUCACCACCACCGCCACCACCAUCGUCAUCGACUCCAGCGACGACGCCAGCGACGCCUCCCCGACAUCCACCAACGUUCCGGGCUCAGCCGGGCCCAUCAGCGACCCACGUGUCAAAUUCCGUCAUGCCUUCCCCGAUUUCACGCCGCAGAAGUUCAAGGAAAAGACUCCAGAGCAGCUGCUCAUCCUGGAGGCCAGCUUCCAGAAAUCAAACACACCCUCAGACGAGGAGCUGAGCCGGCUGCGAGCGAAGACGAAGCUGACGAGACGCGAGGUGGACGCCUGGUUCACUGAAAGGCGGAAAAUGCCGUCAGCAGGGAUGCUGAAAGACAGCGACGGGGAGGGUGACAGUGAGAACAUAAAGCCAGACGAUGCACCUUCAUCCUCAGCUCAGGAGCGUCAGACCACUCCGCCUAGCUACAGGAAGGCCCUGAAGAAGACGCCGGAGCAGCUUCACAUCCUGAAGAAGGCCUUCGUCCGCUCACAGUGGCCGACGUCGGAGGAGUACGACCAGAUGGCCGAUGAGAGCGGCCUGCCGAGGACGUACAUCGUCAACUGGUUUGGAGAUACUCGCUACGCCUGCAAGAACAGCAACCUGAAGUGGUACUACCUCUACCAGAGUGGAAAGGUGGAGGAGGCACUGAACGGUGGAGCAAAGAUCCAGAAGAAGUCCAGGAAACGUUUCCGUGGUUGGUCCAGGAGGACGCGGCGGCCGUAUCCCUGCAAACGUUCGCCACAGGGGGGCGCCAGCGCCAUCAAGGUGAAGUCCGGUAAGACGUUUCUGAAGGACUACUACCUCAAACACCGAGCCCUGAGUGAGAAAGACCUGGACGACCUGGUGACAAAGUCCAGCAUGAGCUACGAGCAGGUGAGAGACUGGUUCUCUGAAACUGCCAGGAGGGUGGAGGAGGGCAAGGAGCCCUUCAGCGACGAGGAGGCCGAGGGAGACGAGGGGGAGGAAGACGAGGAGGAGGAGGACGACGAGGUGGUAGCAGAGGAGCACGCAGACAGCGAAGUGGAUAUGGAGGUGAAGGAGCAAGGAGAGGAGGCAUCGGAGGACGAGAAGGACGACGCCGAAGAGGAGGAGGAGGACGAAGACGAGGAAGCGAUCCAGGAGGAAUCUGAAGGUGACAGCCAAUCACAGCCUGAUGCAGAGGCGCAGACAUGAGCAGACAGAUUUGAUUCCCCCACUGUGGAGAUGAGGUGGAGGACGUCAGUGUUUCUCAGCUGGCGGCUCGGGACCCAAAGACGUCCGCAAAGAAGCUCAGACGGAUCACAUGUCGUCAAACGGCGGGUUUGUGCCUUCAAAAACGAACUUUGGGUCGUGAUGCAGCUGAGAAUCACUGAGUUAAAGGAUUUCGUUUGUUCUGCUGAUGAACUGUGGGGACCAACUCACCGUGCAGGAAAACAAACGCCUUUUUCCAAACACCACGAGCGAAAGUUCCAGCUCUGCUCCUGUGAAACAACAAGGCUUUUAUUUUGGUGAGAAUGACUGGGCUUUUAUGUCAAUUUUCUUACAAAAUCAACGUUUGUACAAAGGAAGAAGAGGUGAGGCCUGCUGUGGUUCCUCCUUAUCAAAAUAACAUUUUUAAGAAUUAAAGAGGAACCAUCGGACAUUUUUCUCCAGGGAACGUCCUCGACUCAAACCCAACAACGAGAACACGUCGCUGUUCUAAAGGUUUUUUUUAAAAACCACAGAUUUUUGUGAAUAGACAACUCAGAUUAGUGCCAUUCUGUUUAUAAGUUUGAUUCAAAUUAAGGAAAAAAAAAAAAAAAAAAAAAUCAGUGCUGGAAUGAAUUCCACAUCAACGUUUUAACUUUUUGUAUUUUUUCCAAGUGAUUUGUUAGUUAACAACACAUAAUGGAAACUGAAUCCAUUAUACUGUUAUGAUGCUAUUAUGAGUUCUUUUGAAAAUGGUGAUAAUUUCCAUGUUUGCAGGUGUUUGGGUCCAUUCAGUUUCAAUGACAUCAAUUCAGUCUGUGAACCAAACAGCCUCAAACACUGAAGGAUGGAAUUAAAACGGGAGGCGUGAUGGGAAUCCAGCAGAGCCAAAUCAUUAAAGGGAAAAUCACAUUAAAACACAGUGUAGAAGUCAUUAUACCCAACACAGUGGACCUAAAUGUACCAAAAAAAACAGAAAACUUUGACAACAGCCCACCUGAUAUGAGAUUUUUUGGUCCAGCACCAAUAACUAGUCUUUAAAAAUCCAACAACAAUAUACUGACUAAUAUAAACAGAAAUCAGGUCAUUAGAGACCCAAAUUAAUUAAUUCUCAAAUGGAUAAGCUCGACAUAUUUGGUUUUUCUGAACUACAGUUUCUUUGGCCAGUAAAUCCUCCUUUCAUGAAGCUUCUAAUGUGCAGUUAGUGUGCAGAGAAGUGAACUGCAUUAUUUAGUCCACACCACAUACAAUCAAAGAGUGUCUCAAUAAUAAAAGCUUCUCAGUUCAACAGCAGCUUCAUGAAGGGACGAGCGUCUGCAGAGCUGCUUUUUCUUUUCUUAAAGCGCCGUAUUUCGCAGCUAAUUUCUUCCUCGUAUCUUGUUUAAAGAUUAACUUCUACUUAGCUGGAAAUUAUAGGAUAUUUCCAAAAUCGUCCUUCACAAUUUGUUACUAAUUAUGGGAAAUGGAGAGUUCGGGAAUCAAGUAAAAACAAGGAAGUUACAUACGAUGGAAUGAAAAACAGUUUCCCUGAAAGACGAACAAAAAUUCCUAAUUUGGAUUCUUACUGAUUGAGCUGCUUCAUUAAGUACUUUUUUUUUUUUACCUGCACUUUUCAGCUGCAGUGGAAAUCAAUUAGUUUUCAACUGAUCUGAUGAUAAACAAAACUCGCUGCAUCCUAUUAAACUUUGAGCCACUCAGCAGACAUACUAACAGAUUUGUACCUCAUUUCCAUGAGGGAUGUGUGUAAUUAGUCCAAACAGUUCAAUGUUGCUGCUCUCGACAACACAGUAGUUGAUUAAAGCAAUUAUUUUAUUAAUGCAAACUGCCGGUUAACGGUUGCGUUGUGCUACGUUCGUCCAAGCAGUCGCAAUCGUUGUAUAGGUUGCACUUUAAUAUUGUGAGUUUGUACGGCUGCUACUUUGGUCAGGUCUCCCUUGUAGAUGAGAUUUUUGAUCUCAAUAGAUUAAAUAAAGAUUUAAAUAAAUAAAAUAAUAACAUUAAAUAAAAAUAGACGCAUAAAGCACCAUAGAAGAAGACACAGCAGGUCAUUCAUGACUACGUGAUUGAUCCGUUUCUAAAAACUGUAUCAGUUUGAGUUUUAAAUGUGGGUGAAAACUGUACCUUGAUUCCAGAAAAGCUUUUCAUGUAAAAACACAUUUAAUAUGUUGACGUUGCUAUCUUCGCUAGUCUGCACCAAAAAUACUAGUUAAUGAAACUAAUUAUGUAUCUAUACAACACAGGGUAACUGUUGCGUUUGUAGUGUUGUGCAGCCAGUCGCUUACUGCACUAGUGGGAGGGGAACAGAUGACAAACCAGCUCAGUUUGGCAAUAUUUUGAUAUAGAAAAUGAGAAUAAGGUUAUACGUAGGUGGAGUCAGAAUAAACUGGUGUAAAAACACUCAGCCUGAGCAUCUGCAAGGUGUUCUACGAUUUGAUUAUCGAAAAAAUGUGACUAAAUACGAGCAAUACUUUGUAAUACUUAACCGUAUUGUUACGUCGUGCUCAAUUUUUAAGUGUUUUCGUACUUUUAGACGAGUUGACAAGUGUAAAUUAAAUUACUGUUUCAUCGAAAGAGAAAUUAAUUGUUAGGAACGUUCCUAAUUUAAAAAUAAAGACAAUCAGCGUGGCUCAUUUUCUGUCUGAUCAAUGGUGAAGAAUUUUUGUUCAUCUUUCUAGUAAAGUUUAUCCACGUACAUUUUUUACAAGCUAUGCAUGAAAUAACAAAUAGGUAGUUAAUUCCUGAAGAGAGUAACAUUAUUAUUAGAUUUUUCCUGUGUAAUUAGCACCAAACAGUGCAGGAGUUAACAAGUAAAUAACAGCUAAUAUUUAAAGAUUUAUGAGGAAAGGUUCCUGGAAAUUACCUGAUAAAUACCGUCUUACUAUCAAGUAUUUGAUCCAAAAUAUUUGCAUGUCUAUCAAACUUACCAGUGUUCACAGAGAGCAGGAAGGACUUGUCAGACGGCAUUCUGGGAAAUGUAGUGUGGAAGAGACGAAGCGGUUCACUGAAAUGACAAAAGAAAAACCACCAAUUAAACACUAAUAGCUUCUGUUGUCGUGGAUUUUCCCUUUAAGGUCGAGCUCUACAUUAAAGCUCUGUCAAGAUUUUAACAAAGAAACACGAGCAUCCUUCUCUGUUUCAGUGGUUUUUCAGGCGGUUACAGAUUUACAGUUUCGUCAUCUGUUCUGUUCCUAAAACGCUUCCUCUGUGGGUUCACAGUCUCCUUAAACAAUAGGCUGAAUUUACAGAGUUGAUCGACUUGAAAGGGAUUUGAACCCAAAUGCUGUUAGUGUCCUUGUCCAAAAAAAAAAAAAAAGAAAAAGAAAAAAAAAACUAAACAAAACAAAGGCAUGUGUGCUCUACUUCAGGAAACAGGCAACUUUACCUCAGUCAGUUAAGCUACAAACUUGGUAAGAUUGUGACAUUUACACUUUACGACAGUUUUCUUUUUUCUAGAGAAUUCAAUACUGUAUGCAUGAAUACGAGUACACAGUAAUAAUUAUGUCUUUCAGAUGGCGUUUCUUUUUUUUUAUUAUUAUUAAUAUUAUUUGUCCUCGCCACCAAAGUAAGUGAAUCACUUUAAAGAGAGAAAAAAAAAAAAGAAGACAUAGUUAUUAGUGCAUUUAUUUGCUCAAAUACGGGUGAACUACUAAACAAUAUCUUUCAGGUUUUUCAAAGGAAUUACAGACAAUAUUUUAGGGACAAGAAACCACAAGCACUUGGAUCAGUUCCUACGGGAACUUUUUAACUUUUCAUAUGUGGGGGGAAAAAAAAUAAACACGCUUUUUUUUUUUUUGUUGCUUUGCUCUCUCUUCCUGUGUUUACCAAACCAUGUAGGACUCUGUUAGGAUAUGCAAACAUCAAAGAACAAUCAGCGGGUAGCGCGGUGGUGGACUGUAAAAUCUGCGUCUCUUUGAUUUUGGUUUUCAAUGAUUUCAUCAGCAACGUGGGAUCCUUAUAUGAGCUCUGUAAUUUUGCAAAGUUAAGUCUUUCUGCCAUUCUUUCGAUUGCUUUAAUAGCCAACCGUUUUUAGUAGUUAAUUUAUUUAUUAUAUCUGGACUUUCAUGGAUAUCUUUUUGGUCUGCAAGUAAAAAAUAAAAACUUAAAAAAAAAAA